UCACUUUACCUUAAUUCACUAUACUAUACUAUACUAUACUAUAGGGUGACUUAAAAAAUUGGCCCAACUUACCUGAAUACACCCUACUGCUUCACUAUACUAAAAAUGUAAUAUGCUAAAAUCUGCUAAACUGAGUUAACUGUACUAUACUGUACUAUGGUGAAUUCAGGGGCCACUUUUUGACAAUUAUCACUUUACCUGAAUUCACUAUACUAUAUUAUAUUGAACUAUACUGAACUAUACUAUACUGUACUGUUUUUAAAUAACUCUAGAUUAUUAAUCAACUGCUCAAAGCAAACUAAACGAGCUUUGUUCGACGGCACAAAUCAUAGAUCAACAAGUGCAUAACUUCUUUCUCCUGCUGUAAUUACUCCAACCUGUUUGCGCGCAACUUUAAAGACUGACAUUUUUAACUGUCCCUACAUAUGGUUUGGGGUUAUUCUCAUGUUUAGUCCUUCAUACCAGCAACCUAAUCACUAGACAGGUAGUGCACAUUUCAGAGAAAUCCUCAAAUGCUUUUUUCUCUUUCAGCAUGAAAAUGUGGUCCGUGUGGUUACCUUCUUUGUUAUUUGAUGUUAGUAGAGCCAUCAGCCUUGUUUAGGGACAAUGGCGCAUUAUUUGCCUGAGAAUGGCAUCAUUUUUUUAUUUGACAGGUGAAAAAUAGUGUUUGUGUGGGUGAAUGGGGACUUACACCUAAUGCACAACAAGAUCUGUUACUUCGAUAAGCAUCAGUGGUUAAUAACAUACAAAGGGUUAUAGAAAUGAAUUGUGUGUUGUUAUUUUGUAGUUUCAGAAACUAAAUAGGGUGAUUGCUCGCUCCUUUGGGAUAUUUGAAUAAGACCUGCUGAGAUGUGUCAACAAGUGUCAGGUGGUGCUUUUGUUUAUUACUCUCUGCAUGUUUGUGUGUUUGCUGGGUUUAAAAGGUGAACGGUUGAGUUUCAGUGCCAACUUCCUGGUUCACAAGUUUUUACACUCUGUGACCUGACAGUUUUCAACAGCGUCUAGUCAACAGUUUUGUUUCCUUUGGCAAUGGUGAAUGAUAAAGUUUAAUAACAAAAGGUGUGACAAACACAUGCUAGCACAGAUUUGGCACACGUCAUGGUUUUCAUCAGAUCCUUAUUGUUCUUGGCUGAAAAUCAGGUUCUACUGUGUUGUUUGUUUUUUUGAGUAGAGAUCUAUUUUGGGAAGGAAACUGUGUGUGUACUUUGGAAAAACAUAUUUGAAUGUUGUUUUGACACGUGCUGGGAGUGAUGAGUGGUUUCGCUUUCGAAGUAGAAAAUAUUUCUGUAUACAGAUCAUAUGUGGAGGUGGCCAAAUCAUCUUUCAGUGCUGACCUUUUCAAACUCAGCGUUUCUUUCUCUCUCAGCAGUAAUGGAGGUGACAGGCUGUAGAUCAGAGGUGGAAGUGUUUAGUAGGACAUCAACUGAGACAAUGUCCAGAAGAGAUUCUGUAUCAGUCAGAUGUUCUCCGUCCCAGAAUCUUCAGAUGUCAGCGCCUCGAUCUCUCCCUUUGACCAUCAGAAACACACACAGUUUCAGACCUAAGGGGGAAUUUCGAGCAUGUUCAGCACCUUUGAUUCCCAAUCCAUUCCCAGAGCUCUGCAGUCCAACACAAUCUCCAGUGCUGGCUGGAUCUCUCGGCAGGAGGGAUCCACCCUCUGGCAGCAGCACACAUGUGGUUCGAGUUUUUGGAGACAGCACGCACAGUCGUUCAGUCUUGGUGUCUUCAGGGGCGACAGCACAUGAUGUGUGUCAUAUGCUAGCACAGGCCGCCCACUGUACAGACGAGGAGAACUGGGCCCUCAUAGAAUAUCAUUCUGAUCUGGGUCUGGAGCGCUGCUUAGAAGAUCAUGAGCUUGUGGUGCAGGUACAGUCAUCCUGGCCGGUAGAGGGUGACACAAAGCUGACCUUCUGCAAAAACUACGCCAAGUAUGAAUUCUUCAAAAAACCUGUGCUGUUUUUCCCAGAGCACAUGAUCUCUGAUAGUGCUGAUGUCACUAAAGGAAUGAAGUCAUCAGAGCUGGUGCAGAACAUGGUAAAGAGUGGUUCAUGUCCAGAGAUCCAAGGCUAUCUCCAUGUGAGAGAGGGUGGAAAGAAAUCCUGGAAGAAACUUUACUACUUCUUACGGCGGUCUGGACUUUACUGCUCCAACAAAGGACAAUCAAAGGAGCCUCGGCACCUUCAGUUCAUUGCAGAUCUGGAGGAUUUGAAUGUGUUUACAGUGUUCAAUGGGCGUAAACUUUAUGGAGCACCAGGCGAGCAUGUCUUCUGUGUUAAGGCAUCAAAAGACAGGUUCCGCUCUCAGGAUUUGAAGCUGAUGUGCGCUGACACUGAACAGAGUCGAACAUGUUGGAUCACGGCCUUUAGAUUGUUUAAGCAUGGGAAACAACUCCAGUGUAAUUACCAUCUCGCCCAGUCCAGUUCCAGACUUCCCAAACCUUCACGGCAGGAAUCCAAGUUUACAGACCGGGAGGAGUCGAUGGUUGCCAUGGAUUUUUCGGGGAAGAGCGGAGGACGAGUGAUUCAGAACCCACAUGAGGCACAGAAUGUGGAGCAGGAGGAGGGACACAACUGGAGGAAAAAAGAGGCACUACGCUACAGUUUACCAAACAACAGUCAUGGAUUACAGCUUUCCUCUGUUCAUCUGGUUCAGCCAUGGUUCCAUGGGGGCGUGUCUCGCACUGAAGCUCAAAGGCUAUUGGAGGAGCAGGGUCAGGUGGAUGGGAUGUUUUUGAUUCGUGACAGUCAACUGCACGCGCAGUGUUUUGUGUUGUCUUUGUGUUAUAAACUGGAGACGAAACACUACCUCAUCAUUCCUUUAGAGCAGGCGGAAAGGCAGUACUACACUAUGGACGAUGGCGUCACGCUGUUCACAGAUCUUCUACAGUUGGUGGAUUUUCACCAGAUCAACCGCGGUAUCUUACCCGUUUGUCUCAAACACCCUUGCACUUGCAUUGCACUCUAAAUCUUGAACUUUGGCCUUGAACUCUGACCUCUAAGCAACCCACCAGGACCUUCAAAGUUCUCAGGUUAUAACUCACAAGGGAUGUCAGGACAUCCCACACUUUUCCACAACCAGGAAUUGCUAAUAAGCUGGCCUUAUACUUCAGCACAUCCAGAUUAUAUCUUUUUAUAUAUACUGUAGGAUUCACAUGUGGCAAACUUUAAAGGUUACACAGGUGCAUAAUGAUUCCAACCAAAAAUAGUCUUAUAUUUACAAACUAUUUGUAUUAAUCAUCCUUCAAUCCAGAAUUUUCAGAAAAAUUUCUAAAUUCCUUCCUCAACCACUAGGUGGCACGCUAAUACUUAGACAAUAACAGAUCUUUUUUUCAGGAAUUCCACUGUUUUCAAUAAUUAAUUCACAGUAUAUCAUAUAGGGAUAAAUGAAUGGGCCUAAGAAGUUUAUAGAACAUGUAGAACAAAUUUCAAUGUAGCAGAGUGAUGUUUUUAUUCAUUAUUUGUCUAAAAACUGUAUGGUUUAUGGCAGCUCAUUAAAUAGUACAGAUGUUUAACAUAAUGAAAGCCAGUUUAUAUUUGUUUGGUGCUGUUUUUCCAUUAAGUUUAUUGCAUUUUGUAGUUGUUUCUUACACCUUCCGAUAUUUAACAAAUGUGGUUAUAAACAUUUGGUUAUGUUUAGUUUGCUUGUGACAGAAACUUCUACAUUUGGUUUAUUGCUGCAUGUAAAUGGAGGAUAUUAUGUAUUUUAAUUCAGUAGGUUUAAUUGUCUUAAUGGGUGUUUACUAGAAGUUAACUAAAUACGAUGAAACCUUCAUAAAUGUAUUUUUUUAUUAAAUUCUUAAUGCUGAAAGUUUUAGUAACACUUUAAAAUAAGGUUCUAAUUGUCAACAUCAGUAAAUGCAUUAGGUAUCAUGAACUAACAACGAACAAUAUUUUUUCUUUUAUUUAUUAAUCUUGGUUAAUGUUAAUAAAAAAAUAUUAUUGUUCAUUGUUUGUUAGUUUAUAAUGCAUUAACUAAUGUUAACGAAUACAACUUUUAAUUUGAUUGGUAAUUCUAAUAUAGUUAACUAAUGUUAAACAAUCACAACCUUAUUGUAAAGUGUUACCAAGUUUUAUUUUAGGGUUAGCCCAUUGUAUUUAUAAACUUGAUAUAAAAACAAAAGAACUCUAUGGUUUGUUAUUAUUCCCACUUUGUUCCCACGAAAAAAGAAAAAAAAAAAGCUUAAUAAACAUACUGAAUAAUGUC